AUGAACGCAAACAAAGAUGGGCCCGUGCUCACAGAACCGGAGUACAGGGACGAGAAAGGUUCGGACACAUCACCAAACCCGCCUCUCAAACUCGAAGACGUCGAACAAUCCGCCUCGAUGAUUGACAUUGAUCCUGUCACUGAAGCAAAACUGCUAAGGAAGCUGGACAUCCGGAUCGUGCCCAUGAUAUGCUGGAUCUACCUGAUGAACUUCAUGGAUCGAGUCAACAUCGGCAAUGCUCGUCUCUACAAGAUGGAGGAGGAUCUUGGCAUGGACCCCGAUAGCAAUCAGUUCCAAAUCGCGGUAUCCAUCUUGUUCGUUACUUACGUUUCAAACUUGAUCCUGAAGCGAAUGAAACCUGCCCGAUAUCUCGGAGGCCUCAUGUUCAUGUGGGGCAUGGUAGCCACGUUCUCCUGCUUUGUCAAUAACUUCGCUGGACUCAUCGUCUGCCGUCUCCUGCUGGGCAUGUUCGAAGCCGGCUUGUUCCCGGGCGUCAUUCUUUACCUGAGCAUGUUUUACAACCGGCGCAACGUUAGCUUGAGACAAGCGUGCUUCUAUGGUACAUCUGCACUAGCAGGUGGACUAGGUGGUGUUGUAGCGUACGCAAUCGGUGAGCUCGACGGUGUAGCAGGCUGGAAUGGAUGGCGUUGGAUCAUCUUGAUUAACGGCAUUCCGACUGUGAUCACCGCCAUCGCCGUACCUUUCGUCCUACCCAACAGCCCCGAGACGGCCAGCUUUUUGACCGAGGAAGACCGCCGGAACCUUGUCCUGCUCCGAAUGAAGGAAGUCGGCCAAACAACUUCUGGUCAAGAACUCGCGCGCGAGGAUGUUAUGAAGGGAGUGAAAGACUGGAAGGUCUACGCCUACGCCAUUGCACAAUUCGUUGGACUAGGCAUGCUCUACAGUUUCUCCGUCUUCCUACCCACCAUCAUCAACGGUCUCGGAGGUGGAUGGAGCCGUCAAGUAGUUCAGGCGUUGACGAUCCCCGUCUACGUCUGCGGCUUCCUUACCUACGUCAUCUGCGCAUACUUCAGCGACAAGUCGCAAAACAGAGGUCUUUACUGUAUAGGUGGGCUCGCUGUUAGUAUGAUCGGGUACAUCUUCCUCAUCGCAAACAAGGGACUCGGCCUCAGCUUCGCUGGCUGCUUCAUCGUCGCGCUCGGCCUAUGGGUAGCCACCGGAAUCGCCUUCUCCUGGAUCGCUGUCAACAAUCCCCGAUACGGAAAGCGAGCCUUUGCGAGCGGUAUGCAGAUCACCAUCGGUAACUGCUCAGGUGUUGCGGCACCUUUCUUGUACGCCGCCGAUACCGCGCCAACAUAUAUUCCGGGCUACGGCGCUACUAUCGGGCUGCUAGCCCUCGGUAUCGCGAUCUACAUUGCGCUACACUUCUACUUCCGUAUGAAGAACAACAGGAAGCUGUCUGGUAAGGAGGACUGGAGGGUUGAGGGCAAGACUGAAGAGGAGAUUGCUGAGAUGGGUGAGGAUAACCCGAGGUAUCUGUACACGAUCUAG